UUGUGAAAUUCAAAAACAACUGUGAAACGCAGAGAAAACGACAACCCAUCUACGCGAGCAGAGAGGUGGCAAGGUGCGACUACGUUGCGACGAGAAAGAAAGAAAACCAGCGACUUUCGCCUUUUGGUGUGACUAGCUUUCUUGCUUGUUGGGCCUUUGUUAUUAUACACAACGCUCGUUCCAUCGUGCAGCACACCGACCAGUAUUAUUAUUUCGCUUUCGCUGCACGAUAUCGGCGGCGUCCAGCCGCUUGGCUCGGCCACCUUUAAUCCCGCGGAAGGUAGCAAAUAGGCAGUAUCGCGUUUGUUGUGAAACGGUGUGCAUCCUUGCGAAAGGUGAUAACAACACUUCCUCGUUGCGUCCAAAUUACCCAAAUACACAGUGGUAGCGUGAGUGAUUACGUUGCGUACUGCAAAUAGAGAAACCUUAAGUAAACAUUCGCAUCGCAGUGUUCAUCUCUAAGCUCAUCUGUCAACCAGAGCAGCAGAAUUGUACCAUGCGCCGUAUGGCUUAACACAUUCUCGCCCAAUACGCGAUUGUGUUCAGAGACCGGUAACCUCGUUGAAACAAGCACGCUGAAUCUCGGCGUGAGACUAAUUUGAUAAACAGUGGCACAGCGGGUGAUCUGUAUUGGAAAGUGCCAUUUAAUUACAGCGCAAUGUCACUGCGAGCGAUACAGAAGCGGGACAGAGAGAAACUAUCGUCGUCUCAGCGACAACAGCAACCACAGCUUAUCAGCGGUCAUAGUCAACGCACUGGUGUUGGUAGUGCCCCGCUUCUGAUGCCGUACGACGGCACGGCUACUACGACGGCGACUAAGCGGAUGACAGCUGCGGGCGACAACGAUAUUCACAGCAUUGUUCCUUCGGUUCAAUCGAACAUACAGAAUAAGAAUGCAAAGGGUAAAGCAGGAGCAGCAGUGAGUAAUGCAUUCAUAACCCGUCCAUUACCGUUGGCCAGCGCCUACAUCCGACGUUGCAGUUCGCAUCCGACACUAUUGUCGACAACACACGGAACAACUUCGUCACCGGUGUUCGAUCGGACAAAAUGGAAAUUGCGUUCCGUUAAAUCGGAAAGUGAUCUUCAAGCGGCACGCGAUCGCCCAGAGCACUCUGUUGCCGGUUUUGGUCCAGGCACUGCAGCGACCGUCGGGAUUCAGCACAGUGGCAGUGGCAGCUUCAGCACCAGCAAUUUCUAUCUCGGUGCAAAGUCGGAAGUGUGCCUGAAAACGCUGGCCGUGAAAAACACUCUGCCAUACGUGAGCACGAGUUUGAUGAUGCAGCAACCCCAGCAGCAUCAACACCAGUCGAACCAGAGAAGUCUCGGCCAUGGCGCUGGGGACAAUGAACGGAACUCUCGAGCAACGAUAACGCCACCAUCGAAACGACUCUAUGAAAGUCGGCGGACCUCCGAGCUCGCGGCAAGCGAUUUCGGUGCGAACAAAUCGAAUAACGCCAGAAUUGCGGCGGCGGCUGCUUCAAUUCGCAUUCCCAUUGUCGGCUAUGAAGUCAUGGAGGAGAGAGCGCGAUUCACGAUAUUUAAGUUGCGCAUAGAGAACAGCAUAUCGCACAGCUGCUGGUUAGUACUUCGGAGGUACACCGACUUUGUACGUCUCAACAACAAACUGAAGAGUGCCUUCCCACACUGCAAUCUCGUGCUGCCCCGUAAAAAGUGGUUUGGCGACAACUUCAGCACCGGUUUCAUCGACAACCGGAUACAGGGGCUGCAAGCGUUCAUCAACAUCAUUCUCGGAGAUGAUGCCAUGCGCACCUGUCAAGCGGUUCGUGAUUUUUUCUGUCUCGACGAACCGCCACCCUCGUACUCGGAGAGUAUGGAAGAAUCCAGGGUCAUCUUCGAGGCACAGGAAGAACGAAUCUCAGAGCUAAGGCAGCAGCUGCAAACCAAAGAAGAUCUCAUACAGACACUGCAGAAAAGAUUGGCCACCGAAACCAAUCGCAACACCAUUCUGAGCAACGUGCUAAGAAAUACUGCCGAAAAUUGUGCCAAAUGUGCAAAGUGCAUCGAUCAGCAGUUAAAGGAAUCCGUCUUCAAAUAG